AUGAGUCUCGAGAAAUACCGUCCCAACAGCAUGGCGAAGGAAGCCGAUGUGGAGGGUUCAGGGCUGUACCAAACAACUACUGACGAUGUCCGACUGGCGCAGCUGGGUCACGUACAGGAGCUGAAGCGUACGUUCUCAGUCUGGUCGCUUGGAUGCCUAUGUCUGUGUCUGAUGGCGACUUGGGAGGCACUUGGCAGCGUUCUCGCGCUGGCGUUGCUCAGUGGUGGUGCACCGUGCUUGUUCUACAACUACGUGUUGGCCUUCCUCGGAACGAUCGCCGUUGCCUUCUCCCUGGCCGAAAUGGCGUCGAUCUAUCCCACUGCAGGCGGGCAGUAUCAUUGGGUUGCAGCUCUCGCACCACCACAGUACCGCAAGGCAGCUAGCUGGUUCACCGGAUGGAUCUCUAUUGGCGGCCAGAUAUGUCUUACUGCGUCGGCAGCAUUCGCAGGUGGACUUCAACUGCGUGGGCUGAUAUCUCUCAACAACGACAGCUAUGUGCCAACUCAGUGGCAGGGGAUGUUGUUCUACUGGGCCGUGCUUCUCUACGCUUUGAUCACGAAUCUCUGGGGCACUACCCCACUCUCGGUCAUGAAUCUAGCGUCCGGUGUGCUGCACAUUGUCGGUUUCCUCGCUCUAACGGCAGUCAUUGGUGCCAUGUCUCCGAAGCACGACGCUCAUUAUGUCUUUGUUGAGGUCGAGAAUUCCACUGGAUGGCCAAGCGACGGUCUCGCUUGGAUGAUUGGCAUGCUCAGUGCUGUCUAUCCAUUCCUAGGAUACGACGCAGCAGCCCACCUAGCAGAAGAGAUACCUCACGCGGCGCGAAACGUGCCUCUUGCCAUGGUCGGCUCAGUCCUAGCAAACGGAGUACUGGGCUUCAUCUACUGCCUUGUCAUUUUGUUCGGUCUAGGAGAUCUCGGCAGUCUUCUCGAGACGACAACCGGAUUUCCUUUUAUGCAACUAUUCCUCAACGCAACAGGUAGCCCAGCCGGUGCGACUGUCAUGUCGCUGGUCCCGACUCUGAUCGCUGUGGCUGCAAACACGGCCGGCUUGACAUCGACAUCUCGGACCUUCUGGGCUUUCGCGCGCGACAAUGCCAUCCCAGCAUCGGAGUUCUUUGCUCAUGUGGACACGCGCCUAAGAAUCCCGGUCCGCAUGGUCGUUCUUGUCUCUUUUCUGCAACUCCUCCUUGGGUUUGUCUACUUGGGAAGCACCACGGCUUUCAACGCCGUCAUCUCCAUGGCCAUUAUUGGGAUGUACCUGUCAUACGCCCUGCCCAUUGCGUACAUGCUCUUCUGUGGACGAGGUUUGGGCGGGCCUCAGCCUGGGCCGUUCAAGAUGGGUCACGUCAUGGGGAUGCUGACCAAUUCUGUGGCGUUGAUAUGGCUCAUAGCGGCCAUGUUCUUUAGCACUUGGCCUAAUUUCUACCCUGUCACAGCGCAGAAUAUGAACUACAGUAUCGUCGUGCUGGCUGGCUGGGUCGCGAUAGGAGCUGUAUACUAUGUCGUGCACGGGCGCCAUGUGUAUGAGGGUCCUGCGGUCGAGACCUGA